AUCCACCCUCCGCGGAGCCGAGGUUUGAGCCGCAGAUGUGGGGCUGCCGCCGCCGCGGCCGCUUCCCGCAGGGCCGGCGCUGCCGAGUAUGUAUGACCAAUUGCCCUACUCUGAUUGUCAUGGUGGGUCUCCCAGCAAGAGGAAAAACCUACAUCUCGAAGAAGCUGACACGCUAUUUGAAUUGGAUUGGAGUGCCUACAAAAGAGUUUAAUGUCGGUCAGUAUCGCCGAGAUUUGGUGAAAAAGUAUAAAUCCUUUGAGUUCUUCCUGCCUGACAAUGAAGAAGGCUUGAAAAUCAGGAGGCAGUGUGCCUUAGCAGCGCUGAAUGACGUCCGGCAGUACCUCAGUGAAGAAAACGGGCACGUGGCUGUCUUUGAUGCUACAAACACAACUCGAGAACGUAGAGAAACUAUUUAUAAAUUUGGUGAAGAAAAUGGGUAUAAGACUUUUUUUGUGGAGUCAGUGUGUGUUGAUCCAGAGGUCAUUGCUGCAAACAUUGUGCAAGUGAAACUGGGUAGUCCUGACUAUGUUGAUUGUAGUAACGAUGAAGCAACAGAAGACUUCAUGAAAAGAAUAGAGUGCUACAAGAACUCAUAUGAGACAUUAGAUGAAACUCUGGACAAGGAUCUUUCUUACAUUAAAAUUAUGGAUGUCGGAAGGAGUUAUCUUGUGAACAGAGUGAUGGAUCACAUCCAGAGCCGGAUUGUCUACUACCUCAUGAAUAUCCAUGUGACUCCUCGGUCAAUCUACCUCUGUCGACAUGGAGAAAGUGAACUCAAUCUGAAAGGGAGAAUAGGAGGAGAUCCUGGGCUGUCUGUCAGGGGGAAAGAAUUUGCCAAAAGCUUGGCACAGUUUAUUAAUGAGCAAAAUAUCAAAGAUCUGAAAGUUUGGACGAGCCAGAUGAAAAGGACGAUUCAGACUGCUGAAGCCUUGGGAGUGCCUUAUGAGCAGUGGAAGGUCUUGAACGAGAUAGAUGCAGGAGUGUGUGAAGAAAUGACAUAUGAAGAAAUACAGGAAAAUUACCCACUUGAAUUUGCACUGAGAGACCAAGACAAAUACAGAUACAGAUACCCUAAAGGGGAGUCCUAUGAAGAUCUUGUUCAGAGACUGGAGCCGGUAAUUAUGGAACUUGAAAGGCAGGAAAAUGUGCUUGUCAUAUGUCACCAAGCUGUCAUGCGCUGUUUGCUCGCAUAUUUUCUUGACAAGCCCGCAGAACAACUCCCUUACCUGAAGUGCCCACUGCAUACUGUCUUAAAGCUGACCCCAGUGGCUUAUGGAUGUAAAGUAGAAUCUAUAUUUCUGAAUGUGGAAGCUGUGAACACACACAGAGAUAAACCUGAGAAUGUAGACAUUUCCAGACCUCCCGAGGAUGCUCUUGUAACAGUCCCUGGUCAUCAGUGAGUCCUGUGUUCUGCUCAACUAUCGAACUUGGGAAUGUAGGUGUGGAUCGGUCGAGAGAAGAAGCUUUGAGGACAGUGCCCACCCACCUAUAGCUCCAGCUCCAGGGGCAGCAGCCCUUCCUCCAGCGCAGCUCAGGGCCGGGAGGUGGAGAAGGUGUCGGAGCGGGUCGGGAUGAACGCGCCUCCCCUUCGCUUUGAGACAUUUCGAAUGUGAUUCCCCCUUCUUUGGAGAAAACCCGUAGUUGUGGAUAACUCCCAGUGCCGAAAGGUAUCAGUAAAAAGAUUGUGGGAAGCAGAGUAGAGUUGAUUUCAAGAUUUAUUUUUUUUUUUUCCAUAUGUAAAUCUGUGCAGUUUCAGUGGGUUUUUACUGUUCAUCUGUGGAAGGUGGUUAAUUGCCCGUGUUGAUUUUACUGUCAGAUUUUAACAAGACUUUACUUUCUUUUUUUAAGUGUUUUUCUAAGAGUUCCUCUUAUUUUUACUGUGAAUGAUCGCCUGGAAUUACGUGGAGAUUUUUUGAUGGCGUAUUUAAUAUGGGUGAAAUUUUACAUUUUGAGCAUUGGAGGCUUCAUGUUGCACAGCUGCUUUAAAUGGAGAAGCCUGUCAGCUCUGAUAGCUGUUCUGUGUUUUAAAUUGAGCUUUGGUUUGCCAACCACAACUUAAAAUUUUUCUGAAAUUUCUGAGGGAGAUUUUCCCUUUGGAAAAUCAGAGCAUUAAAGCUAGAUUUGCUACCUGAAAGAUUCAGCUGUUUUAACAAGAUUUUAAUGUUUUCCAGAGGCCAGCUGUAUUUUGGAGGGCAGUGGGGGACACAGUAUUAAGUGGGAGGUGUGAGUGUGAGUACAGCUGGCAGCCUGGGGAAUGAACUGAGAGAGAAAGAGAGAGAGAUGUCCUUUCUGCUGCAGUUACAGGAGGGGAUGAGCAGCUUCUCUGAGUUUGGAAGGGAGGGGAGAAGGAUUCAGACUGUCAGGGUCUGGAGAAGCUGCUUGCCUUGUUAGCGUUGUGAUAUUUUUUCUCUUUAGGCAGUUUUUGGAAUGAAUUUCAACAUAAAAGUAUAUGUUUCUCUUUUAUAGCCACAUUUAAUACGUACAUCAGGAAACAGUACAGAGAGGUUAGGUGAGUUUAAAUAUUCUAACAGCUCAUGCAAGAAAAACACCAGGUAAAUUCUGAAAUAAUAACCCCUGCCUUGGGGUUUUUUGUAUUGUUUUUAAGCACCUUCCAUCAUCCCAGUUCUUUGCUGCUUUUUAAUGCCUAGUGAGACUCCAGUGCUAAAAAUGGAAUUGUCUGUGUCUGUUGAGGCCACAAUCUUUUAACUGUACUAAAUCAAAGUGUAUUUUGUAUGUGUGUUACCAGACAACUGAAGUGAGCUGCCAGCACUGCUGCUGGCUCUAGCUCUGAAAUGAGGAGACCUAUUCUUUGAUAUUUUACUGUGUUUUUUUUCUAAGGAAACUCUUCAGAUAAUUGAGCUUUUACCAUGUAUGUUGUUGAGGUUGUUCUGUUGUUUUGUUUUUGUUCUUUCCUCAAUUCCUGUGUGGAAUACCAGGCCCUCGUAACAUCAUUUUGCAGGCAAGGGCUACACUGUCUUUUGUUUGUGCAGGGUUUAUAAAAUAAUGUGCUGCUGUUGUGAUUAAUUUUUUUUUUAAUAAGCUAAAUUCAGCAAUAUAUUCAGCUCUGGAAGUAAGCCAUAGAGCAUCGCUGGGUUCUGUUUCAGAAGAGGAAUGUGACCAGAAAGACUUGCUUCAAGGGCUGCUGUCUAAAGCUUUUGUGUGUGUGUGUGUGUGUGAGAGCCCUGCAUUUGGUAAUGCCAUUUCAGACCCUUAUUAAUUCAGCUGUGUCUGUAGUUAUGGGGUGAGGAGACAGCCUGCACAGCGCUGCUCAGAGGAGUAAUUUAUUGAUGUGGAGUUAACAAGGCCACCUUUGUGGCAAAACUGUGGGAGUAAUUCCUCCUCCUCGCCCCAGUUUGGCGUGGGAAAGCCAGGCAACCCUUGCUCCUCCACCGUCCAGCCAUGACAGGAGUGGUUAAACAGUUUUUACACUGAGAAUGUCAGGGUUUAUCUGUAGCUACAGAGCACAAAUCCCAGGAGGCUGCAUUAAAAAAGCAGGAUUUUACCAGCAGAUUGUGGUACUUCUUGAGCUCAGACCUGGUUGAAGAAAUGUUGGUGGAAGGAAAAUUUUCCCCCAGUGAGAGCUGAGCCCAGGGGCUGCUUCUCUUUGCUGGUGAGCAUGGCUUGAAGUGUCUCCUCUCUCCCUUUGUUUUACCUCUCUGAACUGUCAAGAGGUGCUGUAACAUCCUCAAGGCUUAAUGUUCUAUGUACAGUAGGUAUUUUUAUAGCCUGCUUUCAAAUAUACUGUGAUGAGUGUUUUACUACAAUGGGUGUUCAGUAAAAAGAAUUGUAUACAAGUGUAAAUAAACUGUUGUGCUGAUACUUGAAGAGGAAAAAAAAAAAUGAAGUUGUCUGUUCUGCGUUGGGAAGGUACUAUAUCAGUGACUGCAUCUGACCCCGGCUGGCAAGAGCAGGUGUAAAUUUGUAUUUGUAUUUGAAUGUAGAGUUGAGGUGAAUGUAGACUUGGAGUGAGUGAUGGGUUCUCCUGGUUCUCACUGCCUUUCUGGGAAGGCACAGUUGAGAAAUGCAGAUUAUUGUCACUUUCUAAAAGUGUAUGUCCCCCCCUCCUGACAGAACAGUCACUGACAGGGGAGGGGAAAACCCUUGUCUGUAUUUGUACCCAUUUACUUUACUGCCUCUGACUGUUACUGCACUUGCCUGGCUCAGAUGCAGCCUCUUGAAUGGGAUUAAACUGUCUUGUCUUACAUUGUUGGCCUUCGUCGUGAUGUUUCAGACAAAUGUAAUCAUUUGACGUUUGAUCCAAGUAAUAAAGAUCAAAUGCUACAACGUG